AUGGAUUAUUUGGUGACGAAAUGGAGAAUCUAUUUUGGAUUGGUAGAUGUCAAUCGUGAUGGGAAAGUCACCUGUGUGGAUGCCGAGAUAUCUCGUGAUAGAUUUAUCAACCAAGAUGUCAAAGCCAAAAGAGCUUUUCCUCAUUGGUAUGUUAAUGCCAAAAGAGGUCAGUUUGCAUUUAAUCAAUGGUGGGAUAGGUGUGUAUUCCAAAAUGAUCCGGAUAGAGAACUUACAGAGUCCGAAUUUGUACAGAACUUUGUAGAUGGGUACAACAAGAGCAAGAAAGCUUUCAAGGAGGGUAACCAACGUUGCUUCAACAUGAUCUUCAAAAUCAUCGACAUCAACAAGGAUAGCUCAAUCAACCUGAAAGAGUAUAUCAAAGUUUUCAACGCUUUUGGCCACGACAAUAACGAAAUGAUAAAGGCAGUUUUUGAAGCACAUGACCCCCCAACAAGUGGUCUUGUACCUCUGGAUGACAUUGUCAGCGCUUGGGUACGAUUUGUGACAGAAAAAAACCGCCCGUGCAGUGACGACCUCCUAGAGGCGUUCAUGGCGAAUCAAAAAUAA